CUCCCACUUCAUUGCCAAAACAUAUUCCUCUCCGCACAUCGUCUACACUAUCUCAGCACCCCAUCUUACCUUUCUAUCGAUUACAAUGGCGCCGGCAGCGCUCCCCUCCGAACUCGUCAAUCUCCUCGCCCUCCACUCCUCGUUUCUUACCGCCUUGUCACUGCAUUACGCGCACAAUGGCACCGCUACACCUGUUGACCUGCGCUCUCUGACACAAUCAAUCUCAGCAGUGUGGAAGAAGCGAAAAGUCACGCUCGAAGACAUCCGACUCUGCGUAGGCGUCUUAAGCGCCGGCCCCUCAGGCAUCAACAACCCGUUCUUCCUCUCCGACUACACCGGCGGCAAGAUCUGUCUCGAGAUACGCCCCGAACACAAGCAAGCAUGCAACCUAGGCCCGCUCAACGAAGAAGCCCUGCAAUCCAUGUUCAUGCAAAGCCUCGACGACCUGUGGAGGACGUGGAACACGUCGCAGGGCUCACGCACAACACUCACAGCCCGGCCCAUCGCUACACCCCGCCGUCGCGGCCGGCCCCGAAAAGCCGACACAACGCAGAAAUCAAUGGAGGUCUUCGUAGUCGACGACAACGCCUUGGCGAAAUUCAUCUCGCAGCUCCCCCUCGCGGAAAUCACGCUCUGCCCCGCCGUCGCGGCGAGCGCUCCCAUCCGCGAAAAGGGCCGCAAGCGACUUCGCGAAUUGAAGGAGAGCGCGUAUCAAGGCCGCAUGCAGAAGAAGUUGCGCGAAAGCACAGGCAAAGAGAACGAAGACCCUAUCGCACAAACUCAGACACAGGCUACGCAGCCCAAGAUCACAGAAUUCGCAGCGGUGCGCAAGUCGAAUCUGCUGGAUCGCAUUCUGGCGAAACAGGCUGCUAAAGCGGCGGCUCCGGCUCCUUUGUCGCCCGCUGAGCUGCAGCGACAAGCGGCGCUCCAGCGCUCGGAGGAAGUACUCGGCGUGCUGUCCCUUCUGGCUGCAGGCAAAGGCCCCGGAUCCCGCGUCUCCUUUUCAAUGUCGACGCUCCUCCAGUCGCUGCAGAGUUCGAUCCGUAGUCCGCUGUCGAAGGAGGAAACGCUGAGGUGUGUAGAGGUGUUGGCGAAUGAGGUUGCGCCGGGGUACGUGUCUAUUGUUAGGAUGGGCGCUAUUUCUAGCGUGGUUAUCAAUCAGCUUGCGAGGCCCGUGGAUGUGAAGAGGAGGCUUGCUGCGCUGGGUGUUGCCUAGGGGACGUUUUUGGAUAUGCGAAGGACGGGUUCGUGGCGUAUAUGGCGUUUGCUGGGAGUAUGGGUAUGGGACGGGCUGGGUGGGAUGGCCGACUUGCAGCGGGAUACCUAUAUCUUGGUUUUUGUCGUAUUUGUUUACUGUCGCAUUUUGCAGGCGCGUGUUCAUUGUUUUCAGCGUAGUGCACUC